AUGCAAAGCCAACCUGUACGUAUUGGUAUACUUGGUUUUGGUUCUCUUGGACAAUUUAUUUAUUCACAUUUUGAAAAUGAACGUAAAAAAUCGACAUCUAAUUUUGAAGUCGUUUUUAUUUGGAAUCGAUCAAAAGAUAUUUUUACAAAUUAUGAUAAAGAACUUGAUCAAAAAUUAAUUGUUGCAACUGUAGAAGAAGGUUUACAACGUUCACCAGACUUAGUUAUUGAAGUAGCACAUCCAAUUAUUGUCGAAACAUAUGCUGAAAAAAUACUUGAUGUAGCAGAUCUAAUAAUUGGAUCACCAACAGCUCUUGCUCGUGCAUCUGUUGAAAACUUAUUGAGAAAGAAAACUCAAGAAACAGGUCAUGUUGUCUAUGUGGGUACGGGUGCUUUUUGGGGUGCAGAAGAUAUAGCUAAAAUGAAUGAACGAAAUACACUUCGUUCAUUAAGUAUUACAAUGAAGAAACAUCCGGAUUCUUAUAAACUUAAUGAACCAUUACAUUCAAAAUUAAUUGAAGAACGAAAAAAACUUGGUGAUCAAAAAGGUGAAAUAAUUAUUUAUUCAGGUCCAGUUCGUGAAAUAUGUUCAUUAGCACCAAAUAAUGUCAAUACAAUGGCUGUUGGAGCAAUCAUUGCUACUAAUCUUGGUUUUGAUAAUGUUCAAGGAUGUUUGGUUGCUGAUUCAUCAUUAGAUGAUCGACAUAUUGUUGAAAUUGAAUUGAAUGGACCAGAAACUAUUCUCGGUGAAAAUAAAAAAUUAGGUUUUCAUUUAAAAACUACUCGAACAAAUCCAGCACAAGUCGGUGCUGUUACUGGUACAGCAACAUUUCUUUCAUUUAUUAGCAGUAUUAAAUGUGCAAAAGGAAAAACAGCCGGUAUUCAUGUUGUUUAA